AUGGGCCAGCGCGUUGAGGUCCCCGCAGAGGCGCGAAGAUGGUCUGCGGGGAGCGGUCCUGCGCGCUUACCAUCCCCCUCGUCUCCCCCUACCUCUCCGCGGUUCACUCGGCGCAGGGAUGCCUCUUCCCCGCCUUCCUCCCCCGGCCUCGGACCCGGUCGGCCGUCCCGGCGAACAGACAACGCCCGAGAUAACGGACACGUGGCACUGGGGAGGCAGGGGCUAGCGGUAAUGCAGGGACGGCGGCUGUCGGAUUCGAGCUCAAGUGUGUCGGUGCUGGGAGUGGUGGAGGAGCAGGCGGGGGACACGGGGGAGGGGUCGCGGCAAGGAUCAGUGGACGCGUUCGAGGCGAUGAGCAACAGCAGCCAGAUCAGCGACAGCGGUAGCUACAGCGGCUCCGCGCCCACCACCGCCAGGAACGGUCACGUCCACACCGCGGACGCCGCGAGGCAGACUCGUUUGGCUCUUGAGCCGCGCUACGGCGGGCAGGCAGCUAUACUAGCCACGCAUGCUGACGUGGACAGGUAUCACGAGAGCGGCCGGCAGUUGGGGCAAAUGUUGCGGGGGGGCGCGGGACCGGCGCGCAUUGUCAGCCCCGCGGAGCGUGCCGUCGCCGCGGAGCUUGCGACCUUGGCGGAUUCCGUCACGGAUGCGGACGUGUAUGCGCCGUCCCCCGCCGCAGCGGCGCUUAUGUCCGCAACGGACGGCCUCUUCUCUGCCGCUUCCGCUUACGUCUCCGCCUCUGUUCCCGCGCCCCCUGGCUCGCCUUCGCCGAUACCACCCUACAGUCUCUCCGCGCAUCAGCCUGUCUCAUCCUCCCCGUGGCCCCCGAUGGUCGUUGCGCUUGCGCGUCCGCCUGAUGCGGGGCUGGGGGGACUUGAUGUAAGGGCGAGGUUGGGGCGCACCUUGCGGUACGGGAGCGCGGGCGGAGGGGGAGAGGUUGGUGGGAGCUGGGCUACAGUGGGGUCGGGCAAUGAGGGGCAGGGCAUGGAGCGGCAGCAGCAGCAGCCAACGAAGGACGCCAAGGAGCUGGCACGCUCGCUGCUGCGGCAGCUGUCGGGCGGCAAAAAAGGGGGAGGCGCGCCGCAGGUGAUUGCGGUGCGCAAUCGGAGUGGAGGGGAGGCGGCGCAACGCGACUUCGUAGCCUCGGGAGUGUCGGCUGCAAUGCGUGAGGAUGGCUUGAGCGAACAGCGGCAAAGGGGGGAGGGGGUCACGAGCGCAUUCGCAGGUCGAACGGCCGAGAUCGCCAGGGAGACAGAGCCAGGGGAGGUUGACUCGGUAAUGACUCAGCGAGGUGCUUAUAACGAGAAGCAGAGCGGUGCUAUUGAGAGGACGGGCGGUGGCGUGAUGGGCGGUGCGAGUUUCGACGAUGACGUGAUGGUGAUGGCGCAAGAGGGCGAGCAGCAUGAAGACACGGCCUCGUGGAGACAGCCGUGGUCGCUGCGACGACCACAGCCGGAUGGCGCGCCGCCGCAACGGCAGCAGCAGGAGGAGGUGGAACGGCAGCAGCAGCAGGAGGAGCAGCAGGAGCAGCAGGAGGAAGAAAGGCUGGAGCGGCAGUUAGAACAGGUGCCGCAGCAAGUCGAAUUGCAGGAGCAAUUGCAAAAGCAAAUAAAUUUGCAGCAGCAAGCCGACCUGCAGCAGCAGGAAGAGGAGCGAUCGGAGGAGACGGAAGCAGAGAGUUCGCAGGAGGAAGAGGAGGAGCAGCUUGUGCGCAUUCGAGAAGAGGAGCAGGCGGUGCAGCAGAGGCAGCAGAAGCUGCCGUCGCAGCCAAGCCUUUUCCAGCAGCAGCAGCAGGGGCAGCAGCAGGGGCCGGCGGGUGGCAGCCCAGUGUCGACUCUGGAUGUGGCGCUGAGCAAGGGGUCCCCCUCAACCGAUGCAGGUGAGGAGGAGGACGGGGUGGCCUUGCACGCGCGCAUGCAUGCAUUCGCGGACGCCCACGCGCACUGGCUCUCCGCGAAUGCCAGCCCAACGGACGACCUGCCGGCCGAAGCGGAUGCGGAAGAAUGUGGCGGUGCAGAGGUAGAGGCAGGCGGGGAAGCAGAGCACGUGUGUGGCGAUGAGCCUUGCGUGCCUGGUCAACAGGCGUCGCCCCUCUUGUGCACACAAGGAGACAAAGCACCCGACUCGUCCAUGCUCGCACCAGCAAACCCUCCUCUCACCACCGCCGCCACCCCCGCAGCAGGACCACUCCAACCGUCCCUUCCAGCACCCCCUCCUGCUCUCCCGCCGCCACCGCUCGAGUCGUUAAGCACGGUGGAUCUGGGCACGCUGGCGUUUGUGCCGUCACCUGCCGGCAUGGAGGAGGACCUGGAGUACAUCCGCUACGUGCUCGUCGCUGCUGGCUUCGCCAACCGCUCCCUCCCCCCCGCCGCCUCUCCAGCUGCGCCCAUCAGUGCGGCGGUGUUUGAAGUGCUGGAGGCGGAGUUCCUGUCACUCGAUGGCAUCAUUGUUGACCCCAACAACCCCCUGGGGCCCGUCACGGGGCCAGCAGCAGCAGGGGGCAAGGCAGGAGGUCCAAGUACAUCAUCACCAGAAGCAGCAGCAGCAGCAGCAGCAGCAGCAGCAGCAGAUGGGUUGUCGGAGAGUGAGAGCCUGCCAUCAGAUGCAGCGCCGGCCUUCUCCUCACCAGCCCUCCCCGCCAAUUACCCCGACGAGCGGCGGCAGCGCCGCCUCCUCUUUGACGCCGUGAACGAAGCUCUUGGCCGCCGCCUCGCACCCUUCCUCCUGCCCUCCCAACCCUGGCAGCGCCUGCAUGCCGCCCGCUCUGCACCGCUGAGGAAACGGCCCGCAGGGCGGCGGCUGCUGCAGGAGGUGUGGGCGGAGAUCCAUUCGUGGGCCGUGCCCAUGUCUGAUGACGUGUUUGACACCCUGGAUGACCUGGCACGCAGGGAUUUGUGGAAGGGGCUGGACACGUGGAAUCCCUUGGAUAAGGCUGUGGAUGAUGAGGUGCCAGAUGUGGUGUUUCAAUUGGAGGAUGUGCUGAUGGGGGAGCUGAUUGGGGAGAUCUGCAUUGCCCUGUCGCUUGUUGAGUAUUGCAUCAAGUUCGUACCGCAUGCUUUCUCCCCCCACUUCGGCAACAUCGAAGGCGAUUCCGCUCUUCGACUCUCAAAGAUGUCUGCCACCGCCUCAGCGAUUGCCGCGUCUAGACCAGAUGGUUACUUGAUAGCCAUGAUCGCAGAUGAGGACACGAUAACCGGAUUUCUGCUGGCGGGAGUGGGCCACAUGGACGUGCGGCGGCGGAAGAACUAUCUUGUUGUCGACUCCAAGACCCCUGUGCGACAGAUCGAGGAGUCGUUUAAAGAGUUCAGCAACAGGGAGGACGUGGCCGUCAUCCUCAUAAGCCAAUAUAUCGCCAACAUGAUUCGGUACAGCAUCGACAGCUACAACAAGCCCAUACCCGCCGUGUUGGAGAUCCCCAGCAAGGAGCACCCGUACGACCCCAACCAGGACUCCAUUCUCUCGCGCGUCAAGCACAUGUUCGCGUCUUCUGAGUCUGUUUCUGACUCCAGGAUCUGA